UCCUUUAUGACGACGUCACUUCCUUUUCCGCGGAUAUGGCGGCGUUCAGGAAAAAGCGUGGAGCUCCUGUUGAACACGGGAAAAAAUCUGCAAAGAAAAGAAAAAUAUCCAACGUUAAACCGGGAAAGCAGGAAGAGGUUUUGAAUGAGAACCCGGAAAAUGAGUACAGCAUCCCGCCGCCUCUUUCUUUGGGCAAAUGGAAAAACAAAGAAAGAGUACUUAUAUUUUCUUCAAGAGGUAUUAACUUUAGAACUCGUCACAUGAUGCAGGACCUCCGGACAUUGAUGCCUCACAGCAAAGCAGAUUCCAAAAUGGAUCGUAAGGAUCAACUAUUCGUUGUUAAUGAGGUGUGUGAAAUAAAAAAUUGUAAUAAGUGCAUAUUUUUUGAAGCAAAAAAGAAGCAAGAUUUGUAUAUGUGGAUAUCCAAUGUUCCUCAUGGCCCUUCAGCUAAGUUUCUAGUGCAAAAUGUUCACACUCUGGCUGAAUUGAAAAUGACUGGCAACUGUCUGAGAGGAUCACGUCCAGUUCUCUCCUUUGAUCCAAAAUUCGACAGUGAACCACACUAUGCUGUGCUUAAAGAAUUAUUCAUUCAGAUAUUUGCAACACCGCAGUAUCAUCCAAAAAGCCAGCCCUUUGUUGAUCAUGUUUUAACAUUCACGAUUGCGGACAACAGGAUUUGGUUCAGAAAUUACCAGAUAAUUGAAGAAGAUUCAUCUCUUGUAGAGAUAGGACCACGUUUUGUUUUGAACCUUAUUAAGAUUUUUAGUGGAAGCUUCAGAGGAUCAACAUUAUAUGAAAAUCCUCACUACAUGUCUCCAAAUUUGCAUCGUCGAAAUUUACGACUAGCCGUUGCUGCAAGACUGAAAGAAAAACAGCUGGUUAAGGAUGUGCAAAAGCAUAAAAAGAAGAUGAAAAUGUUGGUCCCAGAUGACCCAACUCAUGAUGUCUUUCAGACACCAAAAGUAAAGAAGCCUGCUGCUGUUCCCCAUCAACGUCCAGAGCAGAAACCAAAGAAAAUGAAAAAUAAAAAAGAGUUCAAGCGUCAAAGACUACUUAAAAGGAAAAACAAGUGAGACAUUGCUGUACUGAUAGUUUCAGUGCCUUCUGUACAUUGAACACUUUUAAUUUGUUAUACACAGUCUUUGCCGUUGGGGGACGAAAGUGAAUGAAGUGGUUUGUUUGGGGAAAAAAAAAACGUUGAACCAGUGUCUAUAGAUGAAAAGUUGGAUGUGUGGUUAUUUUAUAAGUUUAUAAAUGUGAACACCUUUGCUUAUUUUGAAUCCAGAGCUAAAAAUGUAUGUUGUUCAUUUCCUGUUUUAGUACGAAUCCCCUUUCUUGAGCAAUACUGGUUGCAGGUUUUGUGUGCACCUCUUUUCAUGAUGUAUUUUAUGACAUACCCAGUGGUAUAUAAUUAUAGGCUGCAUCCUUGAACUGUUAGGGAAAACUUUAGCCCCUUCAAAAAAUACACAGGAAUACAUAAACAAACUAAAAUGAUGUUUAAACUGUUGACUCGAGUUAAAAUAUCAUGUAUUGAAUAUUAUUUAAAUAUUUUUUACUCUAUGCAGUGUGCAACAUUAAACGUCAUAAUGUGACAUUGUAAACUUGCCAAUCUUUUUUUUUUUUUUUAUUAUUUUUAUUAAAAAGAUUUGACUUCACAGUAA